AUGCUCAUAUUAGAGAUAUGCAACGGGUAUGUCAGAUACAUAAAGAGAGCAUUUGGUAAUAGAGUUUUUGUUGUUUUCGAUGUAUACGACCAAAUUACCACUAAAUCGACAAAAAGAAACCGGCGAUGUAUGCAUAAAAAUUCCGCCACCGUACGCAUGGCUCCAGAUUCCUGGACGGUCAUGACGUUGCCCGCAAUUGUAACUCAGGACAAGUUUCUCGGGGAUAACAAAAAUAAGUCCCAGCUCAUUAAAUUUCUUCAGGAGGAAUUGAAACGGGCUAAUAUAAUGUCUCAGAUGAGUAUAGCUGCUGAUGCGGAUGUUGAAAUUGUGCUCAAGGCCAUUGAAACUGCUUCUGGAAGCCGCAACAAUAAAGUGGUUAUUGUUUCGGAAGACACUGACGUCUUAACAAUGCUUGCUGCUCGGACUCCACCGAAUCUAGAAGUGUUCUUGCUAAAACCACCGUCCGCUAGAGUACCUGAUGUUGUGUAUUCUUUCGAGAGCUUAGUAUCCAGAAGCGCGUGCAUCAGGUUUCAUAUAUUAUUUCGACAUGCUUUCACGGGAUACGACACAACCUCAGCAUUUUUCUAUCGAGGGAAAGUAAAAUUCUGCGAUUUGUUUGAGAAAUCCGAUGAUUUACAUGGGUUUGCAGUAAUUUCUGCAAACUCAUGUAUCCAUGGAUAA